AUGCGUGGUAGUCCAGCUGCUGCUCUAAACCAAGGUACUACACCAAAUAAUCUCCGUUCCUUAUUUUGCUUACCUGAAGAUUAUGAGGGGAACAUGGAGAUGAUCAAGAAGUCUUCUUAUGGUGCCAUGAAACUGCUUAGAGUCUUAGAUCUACAGCGUGUAAAAUCUAUACCUAAUAGCUUGCUCAAGCAGAUUGGAAAACUCAUCCUCCUUACAUACUUGAACUUACGUGGCACCAACAUCAAAGAGCUUCCAUCUUCAAUAGGAGACUUGCGAAAUCUACAAACUCUCAAUUUACAAUAUACUCCUCUCAGACAGUUGCCUCAGACAAUAAUGAAACUGAAACAGCUUAGAAAUCUUGUUUUCUUUUCUACAUCUGACGAUGGAACCCAGAGCUUCGAUUACCCUCUCGAUCACAUGAUGGACUUGCAGAUACUAAUGCUAAAUGAAGGCAAAUGGAUUGACGGUAGCCUCGAAAAGUUGACUAAUCUGAGAGCUUUAAGUAUAAAUUCAUCUGGAAGUAUGUCUCCAUACAAAGAGGCAUUGUUAAAUGCCCUCCCCAGAUUGAACCACCUUCGAUGCCUUCAACUGGUAGAUUGGACACGGAUCGGAGGCAAUGAGGCAGUAGUCCUUCCUGUUUCAUUUUCUGGCCACUUGGAGCUCUAUCAUAUGGAUUUGGUCGGAAUAUCUGGAAUCCUAGAUUUUCACCCAAAUCUCACCACCUUAUCAUUUAAUUCACCUGGUGGACAAGGGAUAGACGAACUGAUGGUGAACCUAAAGAAGUUACCCAAACUAAGGUGCCUCGACUUGACUAGUGUUGGUGAUCUUGGAUCCAACGUCAUUUUCUCUGCUGAUGGGUUUCGUCAACUUGAGGAAUUGGUACUAACGAAAUGGGAGGAGUUCACAGUGGAGGAAGGAGCAUUACCAAACCUAAGGGUUUUAAAUAUUGUAGCCGGUAAGUUAAAAAUGCUUCCAUAUGGGUUGAAACAAGUGGUCACUCUUCAGGAACUUACCUUGGGAUUAAUGUCAGAUGAGCUUCAAGACAGGGUUCGAAAAGAUGCAGGAGAAGAUUGGGAUAUUAUUAAACACAUACCCUCCAUUAAGAUUGAUGAAUCUAAAGGUCGUUUCAUCCUUCCCAACGCUUGUCAAUAUGAAAUUGAUUCUUGGUGUUGA